AGGGGCGGCUUUUCGAAACGAAAGGCCUCCCGAAUCCCAUCGCUCCACGUCUCUCACCCUCUCUCGCUCGCUCGCUCGCUCCCUCCCUCCUCUUUCAUUUCAUUGGCGCACAAUUCAUUCACGGGACCGCUCGUUCUCGCUCUCUCGCCGCCGCACCGCCGUCUCUCGAAGCGGAAGAGCAGAUCGGUCGCGAAGAAGAUGGCGGUCGGUGUCCUCGCUCUCCAAGGAUCCUUCAACGAGCACAUCGCAGCGCUCCGGAGGCUCGGGGUGAAGGGAGUGGAGAUAAGGAAGCCGGAGCAGUUGCGGAGCGUCAGCUCGCUGAUUAUCCCCGGAGGAGAGAGCACCACCAUGGCCAAGCUCGCCGAGUUCCAUAACCUGUUCCCGGCACUUCGAGAGUUUGUUAAGAUGGGAAAGCCUGUCUGGGGAACAUGUGCUGGUCUUAUAUUCCUGGCCGACAAAGUAACUGGACAAAAAGCAGGAGGACAAGAUCUUGUUGGAGGCCUAGAUUGCAUUGUCCACAGGAACUUUUUUGGCAGUCAGAUUCAGAGCUUUGAAGCGGAUCUUUCAGUACCGGAGCUGGCAUCAAAGGAAGGAGGUCCUGAUACAUUUCGUGGAGUUUUUAUUCGAGCUCCUGCUGUACUUGAAGUAGGGCCAGAAGUUGAAGUGCUUGCUGACUAUCCAGUUCCAUCGGACACACCGAUGGAUGAAGCUCAAGAGGAAAACAAAGGAGCUGAAAAGAAAGUAAUUGUAGCUGUCAGGCAAGGGAACUUGCUCGGGACUGCCUUCCAUCCAGAGUUGACAGCGGACUCACGAUGGCAUACGUACUUCCUUAAAAUGGCGAGUGAAAUCGAAGGAGGGGCCUCAAAUAGCAUUGUGGCGGUCGAAGGAGGUGAUUUGACUUUCGACCAACAGCCAAAGAAUGAUCUUCCCAUAUUCCAAUAGUUUCACUUUCAUGUCGUUGACCCAGGAGCAUUCUUUUCACAGUCAAAUUGGUUUCAUUGAUAGGUUACUUUAUGAUGCUUGACCUCUCCUCAGGUCUUAGUUUUUCGGCCCAGCUUUUAAUGUUUCCUCCUGCGUACUGAACGUGUAUAUGAUGUUGCUUCAAAAUUUGGUUACGUUGUUGUCCCGGUUGUAAAAAAAAAAGAGUUUGAUGAAGCUUUAGUAAUUCCGAGAGUUAACUGUAUGGAUUUCCAUUUUCAAAGCACUGAAGAUUUAUUGGAGCAGAGUCCAUGGUAGUUUAGGUCUGUCCCAUGGGUAAAAAGUAGGGCAUUUUUUGGCCUAUGUGGACCGUGCCAUCUUUGUGGCCGAUGUAAGCAACUGCUAAAACGCGUUUGAUCCACGUACACUUCACUCUAUAGCUAAGGCUUUCGUUGUUUGUUGCUGUAUGCCAAAGUUCAUUUAAGCCUGAUGACCAUUUUUGAUUUCUGUAAA